CACAGCUGAUCACAUCUGUCACGCUGACAGAGGAGAGGAGAGCCGGUAAUCGGCUUUCCGCGGAGGGGACAUGUACCCUGAUCAUCAGGGCACUAAUGAUCAGUGUGCCCUGAUGAUCAGUGUAGCCCCAGCAGUGACACCUGUCAGUGUCCAUCAGUGCCAGCUGUCAGUGUCCAUCAGUGCCACAUCAAUGUCACAUAUCAGUGCCUACCAGUGCACAUCAAUGCCACAUAUCAGUGCCCAUCUGAGCUGCCUUUCAGUGUCACCCAUCAGUGCCACCUAUCAAUGCCAAUCAGUGCCACCUAUCAGUGCUGCCAAUCAGUGCCACCUAUUAGUGCCAGUCAGUGCCGCCUAUCAGUGCCAUGUAUCAGUG